AUGGGGCUACCAGAUAAGGACAUGACCGUGGAAAACCUAUACUUAUAUGGAUUUGGAGGAAAAGCCAUCAAAGCCAAGCGUACCAUCUGCUUGCCAGUCACCCCAGGAGAGUUCCCCCGGGUAGCCACCCAAGUGGCUGAAUUUGUAAUCAUCGACCAAGCAUCAACACACAACGCACUCAUAGGACGUCCCAUCUUGAAGGACAUGAGAAUUGUCACCUCUAUCUACCAUCUGACUAUGAAGUUCCCCACUCCCGAGGGAGUUGGCUGUGUGAAAGGAAGUCAGUACGAGUCUCGCGAUUGCUACAGCCGGUCGGUCAAAGGAUUUAGAGAUAGAAGGGGAGGAUCACCAAAGAAUACGGAGCCAGUUGAAGACACAGUUGAGGUGCAAGUUACACCGGGGAGUGAUGACAAGGUCCUUAAAAUAGGGUCCCGACUAAGUCCUGAGGUGAGGAGCAAGCUACUAAAAUUCCUAAAAGCCAACCUUGAUGUGUUUUCUAGGAGUCAUGAGGAUAUGAUAGGGAUCGAUCCAGCCGUUAUGUGCCACCAUCUUAACAUCGACCCUACCAAAAAAGGUGCUAGGCAGAAGCGCAGACCAAUAAGUGGAGAAAGAGCCGAGGCCCUACAGGAGGAAGUAGAUCGCCUAAUGAAAGCCGGACUAGUAAAGGAGUCGUUUUACCCAACAUGGUUGGCAAACCCAGUACUCGUGGAAAAACCAAAUGGGAAAUGGCGCACAUGCAUAGACUUCACUAACCUCAACGGGGUGUGCCCCAAGGAUAGCUUUCCGCUCCCUAGAAUUGAUCAACUGGUAGACUCGAUAGCAGGUCAUGCCCUCCUUAGUUUCAUGGAUGCCUAUUCGGGAUACAAUCACAUUCCCAUGUACGAGCCUGAUUUGGAGCACACUCCUUCAUCACAGAUAGAGGUCUAUAUUGUUACAUUGGCAUGCCUUUUGGGCUCAUCCAUGUAG